AUGAAGCUGUCAGUGUUGGUGCUUCUGGCCCUGCUGGGUCUGUCCUCAGCCAGUCUUCAGGACAUUGUGAGCAAGAGCUCACAGUACAGAAAAGUGUCCCUCCUGAACCCAGCUCUAGGGGGCAGAGUCCCUGAAGUCACCAGUUAUGGACCUGUUUCGGGGCCCCUGACCCCUGCUGAGUUUGAGGGCCAGCAGGACCAGCCUUCCUCCUUCAUGUUUGGUGACAAUGUCAACCUGCAAUGGCUGACUUGGACCGGCUCCCUCCCCAACGGGGCUGUGGCCAUCUACAACGGAUACACCGAGCGCACCGACUACGUUUGCAAGUACAAGUGCGAAGCCGGCUUCUACAACCCCAGUCUGGGCCCUUACUGCCGCUACCCAUAUGGAGACCAAGAGUACUAUGCCCCUGAAUUCGAGAUCCUGACCAACAAAGACAACUUUGAAUUCCUUGAGUGGAAGGAGGAUUCAUACGGUUCAGUGCCCCAGCAUGCAGUCAGGACCUGCCCAGGUGUGGGUAUCUACGUAGGGAAGAACAAGUACGGCCUUGGGAAGGUGGUUUCUGAGUUCGAGGCCUUCUUCCUACCCUGGGAAGGUGAUGAGUAUUGGUACAAGAAGUACCAGGUCCUGACCAUCAACAGGGACGCGUACAGCCAACACAUUUCCGAUGUCAAGUACGCCAUCGAUGAAGUCGAGAUCUUCCAGUACCCUCCAGAGACCAUGCGCAUCUCCGGGAUCACCAACAACGAGUGCCAGUCUGUUGUGAAGACCGUCACCAUCUCCAAGACAACCGAGGUGGAGAGCACCUGGAACAUUGGCCGAUCCACCAUGUUGGGUGUUACAGCUAGCAUCACCGCCAAGAUCCCUCUCAUCGGCUCAGGGGGCAUCGAGCUCGGUGGUGAGAAGACGCUGCAGUUCUCCAGGGGAACCACAAUGAUCGAGGCUCUCAGCCACUCCGUUUCCGUGGAGCUCACCGUUCCACCAAACCACUCCUGCAGUGUCCGCAUGGAGGGACGUAAGAUCACCGCCGACAUCCCGUACACAGCACGUCUCAGCCGCACCUAUCGCAACGGAGAGACCCAGUGGACGUCCAUCUCCGGAACAUACGACGGCGUCCAGAUUGGAGAAGUCCGGGCCGUGGUGGAUCGCUGCGAACCUGUAGCAGACGCCAAGCCAUGUCCCUGA